GGUAAUCGGGGCGUGUCAUCGGACUUACCUGGGGGCAGAGCGGACCUGGAAGAAAGGAACAAAACCUCCGAGAUGAUGCUGAGGGACCGUGUAGAUCAAUGAACAAACAGCUGACGGAUGUUCAAGUGGAUUGAUGGGAAAGUCGAGGCAAACACGACCACUCAUUUAAGUUAAAGGACUGGUGUCAAAGCCACCUAAUGCACUAGCCUUGCCUCUUGGAAAAGAGGCUACUGAGCAAAACAGACAGACUGUGCUGUCCUCCCGCGGCUGCUGCAGAUGUCAGGCAAGAUGGCUGCCGACACGCCCGUGAGGACAGAGCAGGAGGAGCUGCAGAGGAGGGCCAACCAGGUGACAGAUGAGUCCCUGGAGAGUACCCGUCGUAUGAUGCAGCUAGUAGAGGAAAGCAAAGAUUCAGGAAUCCGGGCCCUGGUCAUGCUGGACGAACAAGGAGAGCAACUGGAGCGGAUUGAGGAGGGCCUGGACCAGAUCAACUCAGAUAUGAAGGAGGCUGAGAAGAACCUAACAGACCUGGGCAAAUGCUGCAGUCUGUGCUCCUGUGAUAAGCUGAAGGACUUUGAGGAGAGUGGGGCCUAUAAGAAGGUGUGGGGGAACAACCAGGAUGGGGUGGUGUCCGGCCAGCCAUCUUCACGCGUAGUGGAUGAGAGAGAGCAGAUGAUCAUGAGCGGAGGCUACAUAUGCAAGGUAACAAAUGAUGCACGCGAAGAUGAGAUGGAGGAGAAUCUGGGACAUGUAGGCAGCAUCAUAGGCAACCUGAAGAGCAUGGCACUGGACAUGGGCAAUGAGAUCGACACGCAGAAUGUCCAGAUUGACCGCAUUCAGGGCAAGGCCAUUCUCAAUGUAUCCCGCAUCGAUGCUGCCAAUCAGAAAGCGAACAAUCUAAUGAAGAGAUAAAGAGGAAGAUUGUCCUUCUCCGCUGUGUGAUCUUAUCUACUCCCUGUCUUUCUGUGCCAAUAUGCGUCCAGUGACCAUCCACCCACAUAGAAAAUCUGCCAAAUGAUCUUAUAUGCCUUAUCAUAAAGCCUGACCAGCAGGGUACACAUCAUUAUUCAUACCUGGCUCUACAUUAACCCUAGCCUAUUUGCCAGUCUCUGUUCAGCUAUUACAUUCCACUCUUUGUACUCCAUGCCACAUGACAAAGAAGAGUACAAAGAGUGGAAGGCUACCUAGACUGGUAGCCAGAUAGCCUGGAGAGCACACUGCUGCCAUCUGUUGGCUAGAUUGUUUUCUAAAAACGAGAUACAUAUCCCCUCCACUCUUUCACCAUCCUCCACUAUCCUCCCUCUGGUCCUCUAUGGAGCCAGAUACCUGCCAAAAGAUUAAACGUACGUAUCGUUAGAAUCGUAAGAAAAUCCAUACGUAAAUUGUUAGGAUCGUAAGAAAAGCCAUGCGUGAAACAUGAACAUAAUCGUGAAAUUUCAUCUGUGAACAUACAAACACCAUGUUACGAUUACGGACUAAAGUUUUAAGCUUGAACCAAUCC